AUGGGCCAUAGAUUGCUACUCGGCUCUUUUCAUGAAGCCCGCCGACAUCUUCACACUGGCGCAUCGCCGCCAGAGCCAUCCUUCGCCGCCAGAGUCAUCCAGUCUAUCUCCAGAAAUGGUGAUAUUUUCCACGCCAGAAAACUGUUCGACGAAAUGCCUGACAAGGAUAUUUUCUCUUGUUCCGCCAUGAUUUAUGGCUAUGCGAGCAACGGCUUCUUCUCCGAAUCCCUUACCCUGUUUUCUCAAAUAAUGGAUUUCAGUAUCUCUCCCAAUACUCACACCUUUGUUGCAGCCUUACUCGGCUCUGCAGGCCUCAAGAACUUGAGGUUCACUGACUGUAUUCAUGGAAGAAUCAUCAAAAGUGGUUUGGAAUCCAAUACAUUUGUGUCAACUUCUUUGCUGAAUUCAUACUCUAAGUCUGGAGCAGCUAAUGAUGCCUACAAAUCAUUUAUCGAACUAGAAAGACCAAAACUUGCUUCAUGGAAUGCCAUGAUUGCUGGCUUUGUCUUCAACUCUGAAUUCGAACGAUGUUUCUGGUUAUUCAAACUGCUUCAAAAAGCCCGUAUAAACCCUAAUUGCAUCACCAUGAUGAGUGUUACUCAAAGCUGCAUUGGUCAUGGCUCAUUGAGACUAUCUGAAAGCAUUCAUGGUUAUGUUCUUAAGGCUGGGUUUGAUUCUGAUGUCUCCUUGAUGAAUUCAGUUCUAGAUAUGUACUCGAGUUUUCGGCGUUUCGAUAUUACCAAAGAUUUCUUCAUGAAGAUGGCUACUAAAGAUGUUAUAACUUGGACAAACAUGAUGAGUUUUAUGUUAGAGCUUUCAUGUCCUGCUGUGCUGAAGCUCUCAAUUUAUUUUCUCAAAUGA